AUGGGUAAGGAGCAUCUGUACUCGAAGAUCUACCUCAAUGACCGUGUUGUUGAGGUGUCGGGCGUGCAUGACCUGGCACCGUCGUGGACUUGGUUCAACCUCCAUGGACAUAAUGCUGCUGAUAACAGGGACAACAACAACAAUGUUGAUGAUGCAACUGGUGUCGACACCGAUGCUUCGACCCUGGCGCUUGCGAACAUCAAGCUGCAGAUGCUGGUGAGAAGCUUGACAGAGAAUACUUCGCUGUGUGCGCUUGUACAGCAUGUACGGUUGAACUGGGACAUUGAUGAGUCGCUACAAGUACAGUUUGUAGAGUUGCUCUCCUUGUAUGGGUCGUCUCUGCGGUUUAUAGAGAACGUCACCACGAUGAGGAUGAACAACGCAUUGCUUCGAGGUAAUCACUAUACACAACUGGAGACGUUGGACGUUCCCCCGUCAACAGACUCGAGAGGAGAGAUAAACAGGCAAGUCUCGCUCGGCUACAUAAGGGACGUUGUGCAUGUGUUGAAUGGAAGGUUGACAGAAAGCGUUAAACAUCUAACUCUGUUCAUGGAUCCCGUGAAGAUGUUCAAUAACUUACACAGACUCAAGGCACCUUUGGAGUUGGAGAGCAUAAAGAUCCACCUGAGGCUGGAUAUCUAUCCGAUCAUGGUUUUCGAUCCAAGGACCGUCACGGUACGGUCCUUGACGAAUUUCUUCAGUACAAAGACCUUGAAGUCUCUGGCACUGAUAUCUUGGGAUGAUCAAGUAUUUGACCAGUAUGAAUUCAUAAACAGUUCCGGGAUGUUUCAAUGCUGGUGUCCCUUUGAAAACAUUGAGGACCUGACGUUCAUCUCGAUGACAUUCGACGAUAAGGGAAUUGCAAAGUUGAUCAGAAGCAUUAAGAGACUGAAGAAAAUCAAGCUGGAUUAUCAUAGGCCGGAUAUCCAUGUUAAAAGGGACAGCGAGGUUUACAAAUCGUUAUGGAGACAUACCUCCUCAUUACAGUUUGUCGACAUCAAAUUGGAACUAACAGAUAAACUUCUACACUUUGACGUUCGUGAAUAUUCAACCUUGAUAGAUAUACCGUGUACUUGUCCCAUUUGUUCUGCAUCGGCACAGAUCCUCAGGGAACUCAUACCUACAGAGACAAAGGACUAUACAACGUUUUUGGAUUUGAACAUUUUCGAUAGACUCCUGAAAUCAUCAGUGUCUCCGUAUUCGAAAUCUGUUGAUGCAUAUCCAAGUGUCAAUACUGGUAAUGACACAAUGGAUAGCUUCUUACAAUCGUUCAAUAAGAAACUCGGAUCAAAAUAUCGUUUUGCUCCACAACUGACGAAACCCCAAUUUGAACUGCUAUACACUUGUCUUUUACACUCGAUGAAGAUUGAUUUGAAGCCCUUUAUCGAGAACUUCCCAAAUAUCCAUUUCUUGAAUACAAAGAGAUGGCUGUAA